ACGAGCUCAAAGUUUAUAUGCUUGCAGAGGCAAUUUCAAGCAGGAAUUUAAAUGGCUUAUUCACACAUCUAAGAGGAACAAAUACUCUUCACUUGAGGCUUUUCGUUGAUAAUAGUCUAGCUUUUAGCCCUUGCUGUAGCCUCCUUCAGUCAACCUUAGCUGCCUCAGUCUAUCUAGGCUUUUCUCUUUCUUUGUUUUAGUCUUUUGUACAUAUGUACUUUUGAAAAUUAUUAGUAAAAAUACAAUGACUAUAUAACGUGGCGCAUCUGAUCUGCAGUGAGGUGUCGCCUUCGCCGUCUCACUCCAAAGUCCACCAAGAAUCCCCAAUGUGGAUUCGUAGUUCCGGAUUUUCCUUCUGGCUUGCAUCAUCCUUGAAGGCUUGGAGCAACAUUUGAGAAGGCCUUGUCAGCACUGAUUUAGUCUAGGUCCUUGCUGUCCACACCGAAACAUCAGUGUUGAACUGAUGAUAGCAGAGUUUAGCAUUUUGAUAAAAACAACAUCAGUUUGACUGACGGCUCCCAACCAUACACGUAGCUACUUCCUGUUAUGGAGAACCGUGUGCCUCAGAGUCAGCUAAUCAAAUCAUCCUUGUAUAUGUAUGCUAUUUUCUUCACCGGGGGCUGGCACACGAAGGAGGCGUAAUGGAUAUGUCCUGCUUCCCCAUUUUCAUCCUCCUGUUCUUGUUUCCUUUCAGCAAAUCUGAUGAUCAACUGACACAAGGGAAGCCACUCUCCCCCGGUGACAUCCUCAUCUCCAAGGACGGCGUCUUCGCUCUCGGCUUCUUCUCCCCCGCCAACUCCAACAAGAGCCUAUAUGUUGGAAUUUGGUUCUACAACAUCCCGGAGAGCAGCCGCGCCAUCGUAUGGGUCGCCAACCGCGACAACCCGGCCACCACCGCUUCACCCGCGGCACUCGCCAUCAGCGUCAAGUCCGACCUCGUGCUGUCGGAUUCCGGAGGCCACACACUUUGGAUGACAAAGAACAACGUCACGGCGGAUGAAGACGCGAGAGCCUCUGCGGUGCUGCUCGACACGGGGAACUUGGUCCUCCGGUCGCCGAACGGUACAGUCAUAUGGCAGAGCUUCGAUCACCCGACCGACACCAUCCUCCCGGGCAUGAGGUUUCUGCUGAGCUACAAGGGUCGUGUGAUGGGGCGCCUUGUCGCUUGGAAGGGCCCGGAUGACCCAUCCGUAGGAGACUUCUCGUUCGGUCUGGACCCAGACUUGGGCAUGCAGAUUGUCACUUGGCAUGGUGCCAAGCUGUACUGCCGCAUCAGUGUGUGGAACGGCGCAUCGGUGUCCGGCGGCACAUACCCAGGCAACAGCAGCUCCGUCGUGUACCAGACCAUCGUCAACACAGGGGACAGGUUCUAUCUAAUGUACUCAAUCUCCGACGAUUCACCGUACGCACGCAUCAUGCUCGACUACACCGGCACCAUGAGCCUCCUCACCUGGAACAGCUACUCCUCAUCAUGGAUAGCCACAUCCGAGCGCCCCUCCGGCGGUUAUGGCGUCUAUGGCUCUUGUGGCCCGUUUGGCUACUCUGACUUCACGGGGGCCACCCCCACAUGCCAGUGCUUGGAUGGGUUUGAGCCUGAUCCAAUGAAUUCCUCGAGAGUGUGCCGGAGAGUGGAAGCACUGAAAUGUGGCAGCAAAAAUCAUUUUCUGCGCUUGUCCGGAAUGAAGGUGCCCGACAGGUUCUUGCACAUCCGAAACAGAAGCUUUGACCAGUGUGCGGCGGAGUGCAGCCGCAACUGCUCAUGCACAGCGUAUGCUUACGCCAACCUCAGCAGUGCAGGCACUCUGGGGGAUCAGACAAGGUGCUUGGUUUGGACAGGGGAGCUUGUCGACACGUGGAAGACCAACAACUAUGGCGAGAACCUGUACAUCCGCCUUGGGGACUCUCCUGCUGCAGUUCACAAGAAUAGCAAUUUAGUGAAGAUUCUGCCCCCGGUUGUAGCAUGCCUGCUGCUACUCACGUGCAUAGCCCUUGUCUGGAAAUCAGGGGUACGGCGAAAGAAGGAAAUUAAGAAGAAGCUGAUGCUACGAUACUUGAGUGCUUCUAGUGAGCUUGGAGGCAAAAAUUCAGAUUUUCCGUUUGUUAGUUUCGAAGAUAUUGUGGCCGCAACGGAUAAUUUCUCCGACUCCAAUAUGCUUGGAAUGGGAGGUUUCGGCAAAGUUUACAAGGGAAUACUGGAAGAUGACAAGGAAGUUGCUAUCAAAAGGCUUGGCAGUGGUUCUGGGCAAGGUAUAGAGGAAUUCAGAAAUGAAGUGACUCUAAUUGCCAAAUUGCAGCACAGAAACCUAGUUAGACUUCUUAGUUGCUGCAUUCAUGAUGAUGAGAAGUUAUUGAUCUAUGAAUACAUGCCUAACAAAAGCCUGGAUUCCUUCCUUUUUGAUAAUACAAGAAAAGAUGUCCUUGAUUGGCUGACACGGUUCAAAAUAAUUAAAGGGGUGGCAAGAGGCCUUCUUUAUCUCCACCAAGAUUCAAGAUUAACAAUAAUUCAUAGAGAUCUUAAAGCAAGCAACAUUUUGUUGGACAAUGAAAUGAAUCCUAAAAUAUCAGACUUUGGUAUGGCAAGGAUAUUUGGUGGAAACCAGCAGCAAGGAAACACUAUUAGAGUUGUUGGAACAUACGGUUACAUGUCUCCAGAAUAUGUGAUGGGUGGCGCCUUUUCUGUUAAGUCGGACAUCUACAGCUUUGGUGUUCUUCUCUUGGAGAUUGUAAGUGGCUUGAAGAUCAGCUCACCUCAGCUCAUAAUGAACUUCCCAAACCUUACAACUUAUGCGUGGAGAUUAUGGGAAGGUGGAAAUGCAAUGGAACUGGUGGACUCAACAAUUGCUGGUAGCUGUCCAAUUCAUGAAGUUCUACGGUGCAUUCACGUGGGACUCUUGUGUGUUCAACACCAUUCAGAUGCUAGGCCACUCAUGUCAUCAGUUGUGUUUAUGUUGGAGAAUGAAAUCGCUUUGCUUCCAGAGCCGGAGCAACCUGCAUAUUUUGCAGCAAGAAAGCAGGAAAAUGGACAUACCAGGGAAAACAUGGAUAAUUCACAAAAUACCAUGAGUAUCACAACACUAAUAGGGCGUUAGAUGUUUAAUGUCAACUUCUACAAUAUAUUGGAACCCCAUAAAAGGUGUAAACUCUCUAAUUUACUGUACAUAAAUUAUGAUUUUCAGCAUAGUGGUGGUAGUAACCUCUGUUAGUUUAUCACAUGUGAAGCACCGAAGUGGACUUUACUGUGUAUGAAGAAAAUGUGGAUAAUGCAUUAUUACUGAAGGUUUAUAUUGUUUCUCGUCUCA